AUGAAGUAUCUUGAGUCAUGUGUGAAGACAAGGUACAUUCUCAGAGGUCAAUUGGCAAAAAUUGCACCGUUGGCAAAUGUCAAUAUCCGAGUCAACAUACCUACAGCUAAAGGUUCUUCACAUGACGACUAUGUUGUUGACAAAGACUUACCAUGGUUGAAGAUUGUAAUUGUCCACAACCACUUCAUGUUGAACGAAAGUCUUACAAACCCAUUGUUCGGAAAAGGCAAGUGCAACAUUGUCAGAGCUGUUAACAUUCUUUUCGAGAAAGGUUUGUUGGAACCAAUUCCAGAUGACAAGCUGACAGAAACUUUUGUACCAAAAGACGAAACAAACUUUUCAUUGUUAGCAAGACCAAAAGUUGUUCCAGACAAAGUUCUAGUACAAAAGAAGUACACAAUUCCAAAAGGAGUUGGAUUGUUCGGAUACCAACCUGAACCAGAAGAACUUCCAAUGAGGUUGCAAGAACUUCAAGAUGCUAUAAACAAACUUCCAUUGAGACAUCCAAUUGACGUCAAAUUGUAUUGGAGAGCAUCUGAGUUAGGUCAGAAGGUUUUAUAUGAAACAGGUUGCUUCGACGAUGUUUAUGAGAUAACAGGAGAAGUUUCUCAGAAGAUAAGAGACUCACUUGAAUUUCCACGAACUGGACCCAUUGGUUGCGACAAGUUCGACUCAUACGAAAAAAUAUACUAUGUCGACCUUAACGCUGCGUACAUGAGGUUCGUCCAAUAUAUCCCGACUGGAAUUCCAAACGAAGACGGUGAGUUCCCAGGAAGGAACUAUACAGUUGGAAAAGUCAUACAACAACUGUAUGAUAUUAGGAAAGCUUCAAACCCCAAACUUGCAAUGACACUCAAA